UCGAAAACACUUAGAACUUGCACUUGUGUUCCGGUUCCGGCAUCAGUCAUCAAAAUGCAUUUAAUGUUCAAUCGUUCAAACAUGAAAAUGGUUCAAAUUCCCUUCCUCUUAACGCCUUAUACAGGUUUAUUUCGCAUAUCAAAGUGGAGAAUGGUCACAGAUGAUGCUCAACAGUUUUACCUUAAAUACGGAUUUAAUAUAAUUGGCAAUAAUAAGACUUCAAAUUAUAUACAAAUUUGUGAAGAGGGAGUGAAAAAAACUGAAUUUUAUAUUUUAGUCUCUGAGGACGUUCACGUUCUACCGCAACUUGUUGAUGUUGGUAAAAAUGUGUACUAUAAUUUGAUAAAAAUGAAUGGUUUUAUUGUUCAAAUAAAACAUAAGGAUAAAAUUCAACUUCGAAUAGCGAAUGGCGAAUAUAUUGAAUUUCAGUUUUUGCUCGAUGUUGUAUUAGAAUAAGUCAAACAAAAUUUAUGUAAUAAAUUAU